AUGAACGACCAAUCAACAGAGAGUUUACACUCGGUGCAAGCGACUGCUCCGGUUUCUUCGGAUUCAGGGGACUUCUUCUCGGACAGCAGUUGUGGCGAGCCUCUGGCCUCUCAGCGUAUCGUACUCGACUUCACACCAGACGAUGCUAUCGAUACCGAUUUUGUACAGAGGAAGUGCGUCGCAUUCUGGGAUUUUAUAUCGCAGCAUCCAGAUCUUCAGAACUUGUCGACGAGUCCUGAUUACAACGUCUUCGGAAAUAGUUCUUCCACCCCUAGUAGUAGCUAUAUACCGGAGAGAAUUUACACUGGAAUUACAGAAGACGACAAACAAAAGACAGCCGUCUCUAUGCUGGAACUAGUCGAAGAAAAAGGUCUGAUAGACCGCGCGUUUGAGAUGAAAUUGCCCCGGUCGUACUGCUCCCUCUACAUUCCGGAAUAUUCCAGAGACGAUUCUAUAGCUCGCACACAAGAAAAAGUGUUCAGUGGAGAUGAGAAAAGAAGAAAUAAGAAGCAUGAAACGCUUAAGAAGAUGUGCGUCAAACUCGAAGAGUGGGACUCGGCACAUCCGCGGUGCAAGCCUCUAUGCAAAAGCCGCAGACGGGAGUGGAAAGGCGACGUGCAGAACACUUCAGCUGAGCUGCUGCUGGAGAGGAAGCCGAAGGCCGAGUGCUUCCAUCGGUGGCCGACGAAAGUAUAUCCAAAUAGUCCCUGUCCACUGUUCGCUACCACCCGCCGAGUGACAGUCAAAGAGAGGGGUUACAUCCCCCAACCGGAGGUGGUGAGGAUUUGCCAAGCUCCCGUAGACGAUACAGUAGACACGACUUACUUAAAACUUGCUGAGCUUGCGAAAAACCUUGCCAAGUUAGCACUAGUGAAGAAAACAAGUUUUCCGAAGUUCCCAGUCCACAGGAUCACGGAGGGAAUAUUGAAGGCGGCUCCCGUUCCAACUCAAAUAUCAAUUAGUCUCGAGUCGUGUCGUUUUCAAAGCGCAUGGGACGCGGUGAAGGCGCGCUGCGCGUUCUGCGACUGCAACGGCUGCUGUCCGUGCUCGCAUUCCGGGUACGACUUAUCGGACGAGACGGAUACGACUAUACAAUCCGAAAUGCAAAAAUUCGACCAUCGGGUGAAACUCGACUGCCAAGACAUGAAGAUCAUGUACCAUUGA